AGGGCUUUUGGUCCCGACAAUUUUGUGGCUUCCAUUGCCCCACACUCUUCGUUUCUUCGUUGCACCUUUUCCCUACCACAACUUUCAUCGUCCCAUUGCUGCUAUAUACUACUGCCAAUCUAUUGCAGUCAUCGUUAACUACUUCUUCUGUUAUGGACUCCGACAGCAACAUUAACUUUGACGACGUCUUUGGCGGCCCUCCGAUGUGGACGAGAUACACCUAUGGUGGAUCUCAAAUGAAGUCAUGGGAGGAAACCAUGGUUUUCGGGGAGCCAAGUGAUCAUGAUGUUUUCAGGACAAGAAGUACUGACGAGAGUGUCCGAUGGAGUUCUCCAAGCUUGCCUACCAAGAUGACCAAAGCAGUAGACACUCCUGUAUUUGGUUCAUUUGUGCAUGCACAGAAUAACCAUCCAUAUAGAUUUUCAAGCCCAUCAACACAAAUUCUCAGAAACAAUUCAGGUCGAUCUGCUGCUGGUCAAACGUUGUUAACCCGUGAAUCAUCAAGUAAGGAGUGGCUGUUCAAAAAUAAAAAAUCUAGUAAGGAGUCAGUAUACUCGACACGAUCCACAGAUGACCACAAGUCAAAGGCUAGAACAGGUUCUUCAGGCAUUGAGUUUCACUUUUCUAUGCACAAAUGGGCCAAUGUAGGAGUACCAUCACUUAUGUCUCUUCAUCAAGGCACACAUCCUGGAAGUAGUAAAGUUAGUGUACUAUCAAUUGACAAUAUGCAAAAUUCUGGCUUCCCAAAUAAAGAUUUAUACGCGGAGAAACAACAAGUUAAAAGUUCGUUAUUACACGAUGAGUUUGAAAGAAAAGGUUACGAAGAGGCUGGAACUAAGAAAAAGGUGAGUUCCAGUAACAAAGCCGAAGUAAAUAAGCCUGGUGUUGGAUCACCUAAAAACCAAGUUAAGGUUAUGCUCAAAGAUCUCUUCAAGGUGCCUAAUCAAGAAAGUCCUCCAAAAACCAAAACCAAAACUAAGAAAUGAUGACGGAUGCUUUUAAAACAACAAGUUUGGCCUGUGAUUUGCCUGCAGAGUGUGUAAAAAUGGCCCAAGAUGCUUCGGUUACACUACCAUUGGAUAGUAGAGUGUCGGAUGCUUCGUUCAUGGUGAAGGAAGAAAUUAAGAGGUCCAAGAAGCUGAAAUUUGCACAAAACCGUACUAUUAGAACACUCGAAGAUAUUGAUUUUCAGAAGAAUGCCUCGCCAACUUCUGAUUCUAUUCCUAACGGGUCUCAAGCUAGUGUUGAAACUAUAGACGAUCUCUCUUUCGAUAACUUCCAGGUAGAAGAAUUGGAACCUGUAGCAUCUGAGGCCAUUAUGGUAGAUAUAGUCAUUAUGAUCAUUUAUACCAUUUUUAUCCAGUGUUAUAUUCACACAAAUUACAUAAAAACCCAGGCUUUGGAUUCAAAGAUCCAUAUGUGGUCAAGUGGAAGAACAGGAAACAUUCGCUCACUGCUCUCCACUCUACACUUUGUAAGCCCAAACGCGUUAUACGUCUAGUAUAAAUACGCUUAAAUACGCAUUUUGGCCGAAACUAAUCCUAAAGUGACGAGCUAAACAUGUUAAAACAUGUUUAACGAAGUUAGAAAACAGGUUUGAUAUCAAAACAAACGGUUUUGAUACCCAAGAAUAGUUUGGUUACAAAAUACGCUUAAAUAUGCAUUUUGGCCGUAACUACGACUCGUCACUACACCUAAUCAACGUGGUAAUCAGUAGGUAUAGUCACUUGGGACUAUAACCAUCGUGAUUACGCUCAAACGAACUUCGUGUUGACCAUAAACUGGUCAAUGCAGAAAGUCAAACACCGUUUGACUUUCGUGCUUGAAAACGCAUAAAAGAACAAAAGAAUACUUACAACAGGUCCAAGAAAUGGAAGUUUGAUCCAAUUAUUCUCAGGUAUGAAGUGAAAUCACUCCAACUUAGAGAACAAAUCAGAUCAAGUGUGAAGAAUGGAAUGAAUGGAGGUGGGUAUUUAUAGAAAACCAAGAACCAUUAGGAUCGUUUCUCGUAAACCGAGCUUGAAUCUUGGCCUUACACUUGGGCCCAAGUUUUUCAAAACCAUGUGGAUGUUAAAAACCAUUAAAUUUGAGCCAAUAGCAUGCCAAAACAAUGUUCAAAACCAUCAAAAACCAGCUGGAUGACCAGAUUCAAAGCUUCUGCCUGCAGCUUUGUCGCGGCCCGCGUAGAUCUGCACAAGAUCUUACGCAGUGUUUAAACAUCUUUCCACAUACAAAAGGGCAACUGUUUAUAAAAAUGCUUCAAACCUCUGCCCAUAGCUUCUGCCCAUAUUCAAAAUUUAAAAUCCUUGCUCCAAAUUCAAACUACAUAUGAAUUUGGCUCCCUAUAAAUAACAUAUAUGAAAUUGGCUCCACAUUCAAAUUUCCAUUUAUCUCUCUCACUCAUAUUUGCGAAUCAUAUCUCUCUCACUCAAAUGCAUAGCUCUCAUGAUUGAGCCGGUUAAUCUUCGAUUACAGUUCUUUAUUCGAACAUUUAUUGACUCCGUUUACACAUUAUCCUUUCAAUAUCAUUGUUCCAAUAUCAUUGUUCCAACAUCGUUGUUUCAUUCAAGCUCUGUUUUACACAUCAACGUUUCACCUCAGCUUUUCUUAUGUCACUUCUUUUUCUCUUUUUAUAGAAAGUAUAGAUAGAUUGUUACAGAAAGCAAAAAUUCCAUAUUCAGUCUGUUCAUCUGCGAUUACAGCUUUUUGUGCUUCACGUAAGUUUUCCAACAUCAUUGUUGCAACAUCGUUGAGGGUAUGUUUUUUUAUGUAAUUUUGAAUCUUAAAUUUUGAACUGAUCUAUUCUAAUUCUCGCUUUAUAUUUCAGCCUAAUCAGAGUUGUAUAAAAUUCAAACAAUCAGUUGCGGGUUAUUUUAGGUUUGUGGAUUCUUUUAAACUGUUGAUAUAUGUUGAUAAUAUUUAUUUUAAGGUGUUGAUAUAUUUCAGCUUUGUUUUUUCCGAGCGAGCAGUGGGAAAUUCUUCUGCACUGUUCUUGAAGUCUGAAGUGUAGAAAGUAGAGUGCUUCAUGAAGCCCCGAUGCUGUUCUAGGUUUUCUUGUAUUUAUUAUCACUGAUGAUGUCGAUUUUAUAUAUUAGUUCUUCAAUUAGCCUAAUUAUCAGCCUUUUAUAAUGUUUAAAAUGCAUCUUUAUGACAAAUGAAGAAGUUAAUGGUAAUUAUGAUAGCCUGUUUUUUU